AUGUCUUCACAUCCCUCUUUUGAUACAUGCCGCUUGCCUGUUGAAGAUUCAACAGUACCAUUCUGGCACCAAGACCUCCACGAGCUGCACGAUCAUCGGACAACAGAAGACCUUCCAGCAUCAAGUGAUGUUGUCGUCAUAGGUGCCGGCUAUGCAGGGAUUAGUACAGCAUACCACUUGGUCAAAGGAGAGGCCAGUGGCAACAAUCUUUCUGUCACGAUACUGGAGGCACGGGGUGUCUGUUCGGGCGCGACAGGACGCAACGGUGGCCACCUGCGACCUGACAUGUACACCCCCAUGACCAGGCUCGUCGACAGAGCAGGUCCUGAGCUUGCCUUGGAGGUGCCUGAAUUUGAAAUCGCUCAUUUAUACGCCAUCAAGUCGCUCGUUGAAAAGGAAAACAUCGACUGUGACUUCACCCUCGCCAGAUCUAUCGAUGUCUGGUGCAACGAAGAAGCUGCUCUUAAGGCCAAGGAGAUGUUCGAUAUUCUGCGCUCCCGUAAUCUGGAGUAUAUGAAGGAUGUCUUCUUCGUGCUCGGCAAAGAUGCGGAGGGCAUCUCGGGUGUCAAAGGUGUCAAAGCAUGUGCUUCUUUCACGGCAGGAACUCUCUGGCCGUACAAAUUUAUCCUGCAUCUCACUAAAUUGACUCUUGAGACUGGCCUAGUCAACCUUCAGACUCAUACUCCAGUGACUUCUGUUACUCGGCAAUCUUCUGGUGGCUUUGUUGUUACAACUCCGCGGGGCACAACAAUUACCCGAAAAGUCGUGUAUGCCAACAAUGCCUAUGUCUCGGGUCUUCUUCCGCAGUACAGUCAAGCCAUUGUACCAUGCAAAGGACUGUGCACUCAUAUUUCAGUCCCCGAAGGCACGAGAGGGCCUUUUCUGAACAACUCCUACAUCGUGCGUGAAGAGGACGAAACUAUUUCAUAUCUUGUCCCUCGCGCCGACGGUAGCAUCGUUGUUGGGGGAGCCAAUUCAAGGUAUCGCCCUUUCCUAGAGACAUGGUACAAGAACGUGGACGAUUCUGUUCUGAUCGAAGAAAUCAGUAAUUAUUAUGACGGCUACAUGCAGCGGCUUUUCCAUGGAUGGGAAAAUAGCGGUGCCCAAGUAGACAAAAUCUGGACAGGUAUCAUGGGGUACAGCUGGGAUUCUCAGCCCCAUGUCGGCGCUGUGCCUGGGGAAGAUGACCAGUACAUCCUUGCGGGAUUCAACGGUCAUGGGAUGCCCGUGGUAUUUCUGUCUGCCCUAGGGGUUGCCAAGAUGGUUAGAAAUGGAAUCCAGUUUGAAGAUACUGGUGUCCCGAAAGUGUUUCAAACGACCGUGGAGAGACUCGAGAAUGCCAAAAAGGACCUUUCAGGAGGAGAUAUACUCGCCUGA